AUGAACUUCACAAUGCUUAAGAACCGCAAGAUACAAAAAGUCAAGAGACCAGUGGCUAAUGAUCUCGAAGGCGAAUACGCGACACCAGCCCAGGCUGGUUCCAAGAGACUUUACAGCAAUCGCCAGUCUAAGCAGACACAAAGUAAUGCCGAAAUACUCUUCUAUGCUGAAAAGCGACAACGCUCUAGUGAAUGGUCACUCUCCAAACUGCCUAACGGUGAGCCAGAAGUAUGUUGCAAUCAUACUAAGCUCACCUCUUGUUCCACACAAAAAUGUCAGCAAAUAAGUCCCAAACAUCGCGCGUCGAGGUUUUUGGAGGGUAGUAUGAAUGACAGGAUUAGCCAAGUACCACCUGCACCUUAUCUUGAAUCGGUCGAAAUGCUAUCCAAUAAUGGCGACUCGGAAAUUGACUACGUCUCUGAAUCUUAUUCGCGGCAAGCAGCUCAAAAUACAAACCGCUCAACUUCGGAAUCUUCUUCAACUUAUCGUACUGAAAAUCGAAAUUCUUCACUCUUCAAAGUAGGGAGAUACAUUGCCGCUACUCUUAACUUAAGCAGCUGGAAAAUCUGGCCGAAAACUGAGUUUGAGAAGGACGAGGAGAAUGUACAAAAACAGAUUUUGAAUGAGCGACAGGAGAGAGCUGAAAAAAUGUACGAAGAGCUGAAAAAACUGGGUCAAUUCAAAAAUACAGUUGUUGAACCUCCUACUUGGCACGAUGAAAAAAUAAUAUCAAUUCAUACCCCUCUUGCUGAUAAAUCCAAAAGUAGUAUAGCCUGUUACAAACGCCCGACCGAAUCGCUCCGACCUGGUAAAAUCAGGGGUCAGAUAUCCUUGAGAUCCCUGAGGGCCGGAGAGAACGAGAAACAAAACCAAAACUUUGUUGAUUUUCCAAUCGAAAGGCCUUAUUCGCGAACCAUAAACCAGUCGAAGAGCUCUACUACUCUCACCAACUCGCCUCAUCACCACUCAUUAUCGCCUAAAAAAUCGUUUUGCCAUAUUAAAUCCACUUCUCUUUCAACUAUUGGUAAGGCUUUCACCAGCUCAAGUGUGACAAAUCUAUCUGUCUCUAGCAAUCAGUAUACUAGUAACUUUACCUCGCGAAAAGAGCUCAAUCGGCAGCAAAUUCUUGUGAAGCGCGUUAGUAAUCUCGAAACAAAACUUGAAAUAGCAAGGCGCCAGCUUGCUGAGGCGCAGGGUCAAGCAUGCAACAGUUAUCUUCAAAGUCAUGUCCCAAGUUCUACGUGGACUCAAGGAAAAAAUGAUCCUACUUCACUGUGUACACCUGAAAUUUCGCCCAACCAAGUCAAAUUUAAAGGUAAUGAAGAAAAAAGCCCAGGUGAUAGAAUUGAUGGUAGUCGAAUAGCUUCUUGCAAUAACCCAAAAUCAAAUGCCAAUAAUCUCAACGUGUCUCAGUCACACUUUUCGGAUUCCGAAGACGAACAGGCUUCAGGAGAUACAGACUUUUUAUCAAAGUUUACAAGUAAAAGAAAGAACCAAGAAAGUAUCAGAUCUUGCAAGAAGAGAGCAGCUUUGUCACCAAUGAAGUCAAAAAGUACAGAAUCUACACUAAAAAUCAAACAUGAUAGAAUUCUCAGCAAAAAUUAUGUUUCAAUGGAGCACAUAGGUGAAAAGCACAGAAGUAAAGUAAGUGCGACGAGAAAUUUCUCUUUGCCCCCCGACAAAAGUAUUUUCCGAGAAAAAAAUCGAGAUUCCUUUGAUAAUGGGAGUAUGCUUCGAGAGACUAGUUCCAGUUUAAUUUCAUAUAACACUGGCUCUAAUUCAGGCAUCUCUGGAGUCAAAGAGACCUUCAAUAUUCCAGCACAUCCGACCAUUGGGCAUGGGCCCCGGCAUACGUCUCCAUUGCGAGUCUUAGAUUCUAGUAGCUCUCUAGAUGACGAGGACAGAUCUUUAUUUUCGCAUCCUUCUUGCGACAGUAAGAAUUCGCCGCAGUUAUCCACCUGCUCAGAUGAUCCAGAGCAUGAAUUUGAGGAACGAACGAUCGGUCGGCUCACCACAGCUCCUCCACUCCCAAUUGCUUCUAAAAGCCAUGUCCUGAAAACUUGGGACCUCAUUCAAGAUUCAGCUUCUCAAUCCAAAGACUUCUCUCCCGGAAAAGUAAAUUCUAUUGUGGAACAAUUCGAACAACCACAUGCGACGAACCUAAAACUAGUGACAACGAAACCGACUUCUUUUCCCCUAGUCCAACAGCCCAAAGACCCAUCACAAGAAAACUCCUUCCACUGGCCUGAUUACAUAUUUUGA